AUGGCGUUUGGAUUCAACGCCUCGAACAACACCAUGAAUGGAGGCGCGGGAAAUGUCAAUGCAGGCCCUGACCUGGAAACUAUUCAGACGGAGGCCCUCGGCUUCCUGGCCAUUGCUGGCGAUGCCAAAGUGCGUCUCACUUCUCCCUGGGAGUCGCUUCCUACUCCUACCUCGUCGCUCCUAAGCGUUGCCUCAAAGAGAGGCCUGGUUGCUGCCGCCGGCCCUGACCAAGUCAUCAUCGCCACCACUGAGUCGAUUCGAAAAGCCUUUGAGGGACCCAAAAAUGGCGAUUCGGAUAUUCGAAGCUUCGAGCCUCAGCUCAAGAUCCCUAUGCCUAUGCGGGUGUCGCAGCUCGUGUUUACCGCCGACGAGAAUUACCUGGUGCUGUCAGCGGAAUCUGGUGGCGGCCUUGCCGUUUACGAGGUGCAGAGCCUUCUCCAGGGAUCUUCCAAUUCCGCGUUUGAGCUAUCGACAAAUGGGGAGGCAUUGAGGUCACUGGUACCAAAUCCCAUGGUCCCAGAGCUCUUUGCUAUUGUUACCAGUGGCGGCAACCUCCAUAUUGCAAACCUCCAGGAGCGGAAAAUCAGCAACGCGCUGAAGAGCCAGGUUAGCUGUACUGCCUGGAGUUCAAAAGGCAAACAGCUUUGUGCCGGAUUGGCUGAUGGAACUAUUCACCAAAUGACGCCUGAGGGAGAGGGCAAGGCCGAUAUUCCCAAGCCUCCCAAUAUGGGCGACUGCCAUGUAUCAUCACUCACCUGGCUUGAGAAUAACCUCUUCCUUGCCAUUCAUACAACUAGCGGAUCUCCUCCCUCUUCAGUCUACCACGUCAUCACACGCCAAAACCCCUCGACCUUUUCGUUCCAAAAACUGAUGGAUCCCGUUGACCCUAUUGGAUCUGAGAAGAUCCCCCACCAUACCAUACUGAGACUGAGAGACUUCCCUCCCGAUCUUCAGGAUCUCCUCAUCGUCUCAUCUACGGCAACAGCUGAUAUCGGUCUGCUGACUCGAUCCAAAAGCGCCCUUGCAAGCGAUAAGCCUGCCGAAUCCAUUACAGGCGUCUUUACGACUACCGAACUACUCGAUGACUCUAAGCGACCCACCCUUCCGAUGACUGACACCAUGGAUGAUUCGACCCCCAUCGGAAUUGCCCUGGACCUAUCUAGCAAGGACAAAGUCUAUAAGCCCAUACCGUCGGAUGAGGAGCUUGAGGAAUCGCCGACGCCUUUACCAGGAUUCUGGGUUCUGACUCACGAAGGUGUACUCUGCUCCUGGUGGGUCAUUUAUACUGACUCUAUCAAGAAAGGCGCCGCCUAUCCGGGGUUGACAGCAGUUCAAGGUGAUGCGGUCCCUAUGUCAGCAUCAACACCAGCCGCAGCCGCAACCGCAGCUGCAGCCUCACCUUUUGCCAGCUCACCCUCGCCCUUUUCCGCGCCCGCUUCAGCUGCUCCUUCUUUUGGGUCGUCGGCACAGCUGGGCCAAAAAGCCUCUCCAUGGGGAUCAGGGGGUGCGGCCGCUGCUGCUACGCCAAGUGGUGGAGCAGCUUUUGGAUCAAGUACUUUUGGCUCAGCAGCACCGGCUGCUGCAUUUGGAAAGUCGAGCGCCUUUGGUCAAUCAUCCCAGCUGGGCAUGCGAGCCAGUCCUUGGGCCUCUGCUGGCGCCGGCAUGGGAGCAGGAACAGGAGCGGCAGCAGCUUCCACCCCAGCUUUUGGCCAAUCAGGCUUUUCUAGCUUUGCAAACAAAGCCUCUCAAAGUCCAUUUGGAAGCACUGCUGCAAGCACUGCUCAACCCUCUGCGCCCGCUUCAUCGGGAGGGUUCGCGGGGUUUGCCUCUCAAGGAGGAUUUGCUUCUCUUGCUGGUAGCAAUACUAAUACUACAGGGUCUAGUGUUUUUGGUAGUGGUGGUAAGCUGGCUGGAACUGGAAGCGCAUUCGGAACUGGAGGUGCGUUUGGAUCUGGUUCAGAAGCUACCGCCUUCUCAUCAAAGCCCUCAGGAAAUGCCUUUGGUUCUACUCAAGACAAGCCAGCCGGCAGCGUUUUUGGGUCCACUCCAUUCAAACUAGAAAGCUCCUUUAAGCCUGAUCCAUUUGUUCAAGAAGACAAUAACAAAACAACUGCACCCUCUGGAUCGUCAAUGUUUGGAUCGGCUUUUGGAUCAGCCCUCAACGAUGCCGAAAAUAAGGUCCCAGACGAAGAUAUGGAUACUGGCGAACCUUCCGAGUCUGCGCAAGCUGGUUCGACAACCCCGUUAGCAACACCCGCACCGUCAAGAUUCGGUGCCCCGUCCUCAGCAACUGGCACAAGUUCAGUUUUCGGCCAACCAAGCAAACCUGCCGCUACACCUGGCCUUUUUGGUGCCAAAACGGAUGCUCCACAAACUACUGGAUCUGGAUUAUUUGGAUCUGGAGGCACUACCCCCAAGCCAGCAACUGGCGGCUUAUUUGGAGCCAAAACUGAGCCAGGCAAACCUGCAUUUGGGUCUACGUCUUUUGGAAAGCCUGCGGCUGAGGCUCCUGUAAACAAAGGUGGGGACACAGACGAGACACCUCUUCCUCCAGAUGCAACGAGCAAGUCAUCUUAUCUAAUCGGUGAUUCUUCAGACUCAUCCGCCACAUCGGCCGCUUCUAGCCCUUUCGGAAACGCCACAGCCUCCAAGCAAAGUAGCCUAUUCUCUUCGGAUAAAACUGCAACGGUAAAGGACAACCCCUUUGCCACAACCACGUCAAAGAAUACGGCAACAAGGCCCAAUCCUUUCUUGACCAGCACCAAGCCUUCGGAGGAAAAAUCAACAGUAAUCGAAGACGCCCCUCUACCCCCUGAUCCAACCAAGGCAAGCAUUUUCUCCAAAGUAGCACCUUCGGCAUCACCGGCGAGCUUCGCGCUCCCUACAUCCAAGAACGGAGCUCCUAUUCCAGAGUCCGAAGACGACGAGGAUGAAGAGGAUGAGGAAGAAGAGCAAGAGGAAGAGGAAGAAGAGCAAGAAGAAGAGGAGGAGGAGGAGGAGGAAGAAGAAGAAGAAGAAGAAGAAGAAGAAGAGAGCGAAUUAGAUGACAAUGCAUCUGAGGGUAGCGGCAUUGAUGUAGCUGAAGACCUCAGCCCUACACACACUCCCGAACAGCAACGAUCACGACCACUCUUUGGGGAGCUCAGCCAGAGCGCAUCCGGGGGCACCCCAAGCGUUCGAGUACCCGGCUCUUUGCAAGGCGGAGUGGGAAACCGCGCAGCGGGCGUGGCUUCUCAGGCACUGGGUGCUAAGCGUUCGCAGCUCGUUGCGUCAACUACUGCGGGCAAGGUCAAGACUGCCACUGAAGACUCAUUCGUUAAGCAGUCAAGAAAAUUGCGAGAGCGACAACAGGCCGAAGAGGGUCGAGUAUUAAUUGAUGAAGAGGAUGAAAGCGUACAAAGACUCCUCGCAUCCGAGGUUGAAGGCAAACUAGUACUGGAUGAAUUCAUUGCUCAUUCAAAUGUUGCUCCUCCAGCCCAGGAGAGCAUUCCUGCGCAGGUCGAGGCUGUUUACCGAGAUAUCAACUCAAUGAUUGAUACCCUUGGACUCAAUGCUCGGUCUGUAAGGGCCUUUACAAAGGGUCAUACCGAUAACCGCAUUCCAGAUGGAAGAACGCCCGACGACCUCGAAGAUCCAGACGAUUGGGUUCUAUGUGAAAUUGGUGACCUUGGGGAGAUUCUCGAGAUUGAGCUUAUGGGCGACUUGGACGAUGGCCGAGUACAGGACUUGAGCGAUAAACUCGAGGCCUGCCAAGACCUAGCCAGGGACAUGCACCGGCUCCGAGCCAAGCAGGAGGAUCUGAAGAGGAUUAUCAUGACGAGAGUAGAUCCAAAUCAGGCCGAUGCUGCGCGGUCGCUCCCUCUUAGUGCAGAACAGCAAGCACAGCAGAAUGACCUGAGGCGGGAGUACACCAAAUUCUCAAAGCUUCUCGCCGAAGCAGAGGAGGCAUUGACUCUUCUCAAAACCCGCAUGGCGUCGAUCUCAAGCGCCUCGGGCAGGGGAUCCACAAACGUUCCUACUGUGGAAGCUGUGAUGAAGACAAUCACCAAAAUGACGAGCAUGGUAGAGAAGCGCAGUGGAGAUGUCGAUGUUUUGGAAACACAGCUGCGAAGGAUGCGACUAGAGUCUCCUAGUAGGGAUGGGUCUCCUUUCCGAACGUCGCAGGCAAGGAGGAGCUUACUCGCUCCAGAUGCGACACCAUCGCGCAACUUCCGCCAGAGCUUUUCUGGUAGUCUAUCCGGGAGUGUCAUGUCUUUGUCCGGUUCGAUGCAUACACCGCGGAAGAAGGUCAGCGGUUUCAGCAGGGAGGAGAAAGGAGAUCUCAUGGAUAAGAGAACCAAGCGGCAGGCGGUGCUUUCCAGAUUGAAAGACAGCGUGCAGAAGAAGGGUGUCAGUGUAUGGAAUAUGGAAGAUAUCGAGUAA